AUGCAGGGUCGUGCUGCCUCCACGAACGAGGCCCAGGAGGGUGGCUCCUGGUGCCUGCGGUGCUUGCAGCACCUGCCCGCCGCCCCCGAUGGUGGUUUCGCCUGCCGGGUGAACCCCGGUAGGUCCGCCUGUGUGCGCUGUCACGGCGUGCGCCACGCUUGCCGCCCGGUGGAGGGUGAGCACGCUGGCUUGGCGGCGGUGGCCGUUCAGGCCUACCGCCGUCUCUGGGCGGCUCCCAAGUCGCAGCAGUCAGAGCUGCGCCGGGAGUUGUCCCAGGCGGUGGCAGCCCUCGCCCGGGCCCACCGCAAGCCACGUACCCCUCGCCGGGUUGGCAAGCGUGGCAGCGGUUGUAAGGCCCCUCCUGCCGGCCGCCGCGACCCCUCGCCCCCGGGCCCCUCGACGCCCUGCAAGAUUGCGGGUGCCGUGCUUGGUGCGGUGGCUUCGCCACUGCAGUGGCUGUUGGGUGUUUAG